AUGACUAAAGAGUCAAGCAAAGAAUUUUAUAAAUAAAUAUUAGUCCAAUAAAGCUUAUAAAGCUCUAUUAGAUAUUAUUUAAGGAAUGCAUACUUAGAAUUCAAAAGAAGAUUAUGCUAUUUCUGUUUAGCUUUUUUCUCAGUAACUAUUGUUGUCGCAGCUGCUGGUGUAGCAUAAAGUGUUAUCGAUAGGGCUCCAAUUAUAUUUCUAUCAGCAGCUGAAUCUAAUAAUGGUUAAAGCGAUUUUGAAAUCAGACCAUCUUCACAGAUUCUUAAUCCUGGCCCUUUGGCAUAAUCAUCGUUUUUAAAUUUUACUAGAGUUAAUGAAAUUUUAAAAGAUUAUAGAGCUGAAUAAACAUCUCCAAGAUUUAUAAUGAAUGGAAAUUUAGUGGCAGAUUCUUCUUAAAUUUUAUGCAAUAUAGACAAUAGCUCUUUAUAGACUAUAUAUGACACUGCUUAAGAUUGUAAAAUGUAAAAAAAAGGAAUUUUGCAUUUUAUAGAUUAAUAAAAGGAAAAAGAAAUAGGUUUAGGUACAUCUUGGGAAAUAAAAGAAAUGAAAGAAGGAGAAAUUACUAUUCAUAAAAAUCUCUAAAUACAAAUGGGACUAGAAAUUGGGCAGACAGUCUACUUUAAGACAAAUGAUUUUUAGCAAAUUAUCUAUAAUUUAGUUGAAUAAAUGUGCUCUCCUCAUUUUGAAUCAAUUUAUUGUUAAAAUUUAAAGAGUGAAAUAAAGGGCUAAUAAAAGGAUUAAAGGAUAGAACAAACAUUUAUGGUAGUGCCAUUUAAGGUAGCUCAUAUAUUUUCAAGUGAAGGAGGAAAGUUUGGUAGCGAAACAUUAGAUCAUUUUCUAAUUGCUGAUUUUAAAUAUCUACUUACUUAUAUUACAAAAUAUGCUGCACCAAAGAGAACAUUUAUGUAGACUUAAGGGAAAAAGUUUUAUGAUUUUGUUUUACAAUAAAAACCAGAAUAUUAUACAACUUUAAUAAAAAUGAAUUUAAAAGAUAGAGAUUCAAUUUAUAUAGAUAGUAAUUAUGAUAAUAUUUAGUAUACAAUAACCAAGUUUGCUUCUAAUGUUGUAUAUGAUCUUGGAGUUUACCCAAUUGAUAUGUAUUGGCCUGUUUUGGAUGAAUUAUACGGGACAAGAUUUGCUGGAAUGUUCCUAGGUAUAGUCCUCAAUUUAAUUAUAUUUGUGUUAUUUAUAUUGAGUGUAAUGCUGCUCUAUAAUUUAUUACUUGUUUCUGUUGAAACAAAGACUUACGAACUUGGUGUUUUAAGGGUAUUAGGUUUGAAUAAAAUUGGAGUUAUUUAGUUAAUUAUUAUACAAAGUUUAUCCUUUGUGCUUCCUGCUGUUUUAUUUGGAUUCUUUUUGACAAUUCCACUAUUGUUUAUUGUUUCUGAUCAGCUAUAAAGUGCUGUAGGAGCAGUAAUAAGUAUUUAUCCUACUAAUAAUGCAAUCAUAUUUGGCUUAUGUUUAGGUAUUUUGAUUCCUUUAGUUUCUUCUAUCAUUCCUAUUAAGCAAGCUCUUUAACAAACACUAAGUAUUGCUAUUGAUUAACAACGUUCUAAAUCUUAAGCUGUUAAAAUAGAGAUUGAUGUAGAAGGAAAAUCGUUCCCUUGGGGAGUUAUUUCUUUUGCUUUAAUAAGCUCAAUGUUUGGAGUUUCUAUUUAUUACUUAUUACCGCUUGCUCUUUUAUCAUUCGAUUUUGCUCUUUUGAUAAAUAUAUUUUUCUGGAUUUUAAUCGGCUUACUUGUUGGAUGCAUUCUAUUAGCUCUUAAUGUACAAUAUUUAAUUGAAAGGUUUGUUGUCCAUCUUUGCCUCUUUUGGGCCAAAAGUGCUAUAAAAACAAUUGUCAUUAAAAAUUUAGCUUCACAUCGCUUAAAAAACAGAAGAACUGCAAUAAUUUAUGGUCUAAGUAUAGCUUUUGUUAUUUUUGUUUGGACUGCAAUGACAGUUUAAAUAGAGUCUGCUGAUUUUGUAACGAGACAGUCAAGGGGAGCUUACAUGACAGUCUAGAAUUAAAAUAGUAACUAUCUCAGUGUACCUAUUUUUGAGAAGAUUAUCAAAGAAAAAUUAAGUGAUUGCGUGAUAUCUCAUUCAUGGUAAACUGUAAACUUAAACAGAUACUUGAAUGAAAAAGGUUACUAUAGAACUUUUCUAACUCAUUAUGGUAAAGUAUAUGAAGUUUAUCCUUAUGUUGUUGGAAUUUCACCAAACUUUUUGGAUACUACUUUUAGAGAAGAAUUUGAAGAAACAGUUCAAUCAUCUAAUUCAGAUUUAGAUGUGGUAAGAGAGUUAUAUACUCCAAGAGGUUCUCAGUCAAUGUUAUUAGGUUAGACCUAUUAGAAAAUAUUCUACAAUACUAUAGACCAUCAAAAUCCUUUACUGAAUAUAGCUUACAAUCAUACCGGUUCAUUGGCUUUCUUAACAAGAGUUUCAGCAAUAUCAAAAUAAAUGCCAGGAUUAACUUAUAGUGGCCUACCAUCAGUCAACAGACAAAAUAUAGCUAUUUCACUUCCUUCGUUCAUGAAUAUAAUAGGAGAUUUAAUAGACAGCUCUAACGAUAUACCUAUGCAAAAGCUACUCUUUAAAUUUCAUAGUUCUUGCAGGUAGUAACUCUAUGAGACUCUUACUCAAGAAAUUAAUAUGCAAAGAAUUGAAGCAAAUGUAUGGGAUUAUAAUGAUACUUUGUCAAGCACAUUACAACAAAAGAAGCUAAUUAAUAUUAUUUUUACAGUUAUUUGUGUAAUAGUGAUGAUUCUAUCAUUUUUUUCUCUUGUUUCUUCUAUGACUGCAAAUAUUCUGGAACAAACGAAAGAAAUCGCUGUCUUGAGAGCGAUUGGAAUUACUACUUUUAGAAUGAAAACAAUAUACUUUUUUGAAGCAUUCACUUUAGUAUUUAGUAGUUGCAUUAUAGGAACCAUAGUAGGUGUUGCUAUUGGAUUUACAAUGAGUAUUUAAAGAGCUCUAUUCACUGAUCUCCCUAUUUAAUUUGUAUUCCCUUAUAUGAUGCUUGCUGUUAUGUCAGUCGCAUCAUUUAUUUGUGCUUUCUUCUCUACAAUUCUACCAACUACUAGAAUACUAAAAAGUUAAAUAGCUUAAAUUAUCAGGAUAUCAUAUUGA